GGCCGCUCUAAAUAUUGCUCCCUGUCAUAGGUACAGCUUGUGGACGAGCUAUUCAGGGCUUUGACGGCAUUGUCUCCGGUCGUCGGCCACAUGACCCUGUGGGGGCUGAAUCUCGACGGCCCGAGCAGCCAGUUGCUUCCUUCAGUCUGUGGCAGCAGCUGCUCGAGCCGAGGCCUUCGCUGCGAUUUGGCCCAGUCGGAUUCCAGUGGAGCUGAAGCAGGCAGAGGGAGCUAUAUUUAGAGAGGGACGGGAUUAAAUUGCUGGGUCUUCACUCUGAGAACCUCUCUUGUGUUCUGCCUUUUCCAACCAGGACCGACUUGCCACGAGGACCCGUGGCCGCCCCGUCUCCUUCCACUCUCCACAGACCCCCUUUUGUCCGCCCGCCAUGGACCCCAACGCCAUGAAGGAGGAGCUGCGCCUUUUCCAGAGCACCCUGCUCCAGGACGGGCUGAAGGAGCUGCUGAAUGAGAACAGGUUUGUGGACUGCACCCUGAAGGUGGGCGACCGCAGCUUCCCCUGCCACCGGCUGAUCAUGGCCGCCUGCAGCCCUUACUUCAGGGAGAUCUUCUUCACCGAGGAUGGGAAGGAGAUGGAGAACACCAAGGAGGUGGUCCUGGAGGAUGUCGACCCGGCCAUCCUGGACAUGGUCGUCCAGUACCUCUACUCGGCCGAGAUUGACCUCACCGAUGACAACGUCCAGGAUAUAAUCGCUGUGGCGAACAGAUUUCAGAUCCCUUCUGUGUUUACGGUGUGCGUCAACUACCUCCAGAAGAAGUUGUCUGUGAGCAACUGCCUUGCCAUCUUCCGGAUGGGCUUGGUGCUCAGCUGCCACAGGCUCGCCUCGGCCGCGCGCACCUACAUCGCCGACCGCUUCGAACUCCUCUACCAAAAAGACGAGUUCCUCCAGCUCGCCGCCCACGAGCUGUUCGCCGUCAUCGGCGGAGACUCUCUGAACGUGGAGAAGGAGGAGCUGGUGUUCGAGGCGGUCAUGGCCUGGGUCCGCCACGACAAGGAGCGCGUCAAGGUCCUGAAGGACGCGUUCAACUGCAUCCGCUUCCGCCUGCUGCCGGAGAAGUACUUCAAAGACAAAGUGGAGACCGACGAGCUCGUCAAGGCCGACCCGGAGCUCCAGGAGACGAUCCGGGUCGUCAGGGAGGCCUUCGAGGGAAAGCUACCGGAGACGCCCAAGGCGAAGGAGGCGGAGGAGGGGGAGGAGGGCGCAGCAGCGGAAGACAGCCCGUUCCCCGGCUUCCUGAACGACAACCGGCGACAGGGCAUGUACACGCGCGAGUUCAUCGUCAUGAUCAACGACGCGGCGGCGGUGGCGUACGACGUCGGCGAGAACGAGUGCUUCCUGGCGGCCGUGUCGGAGCAGGUGCCGCGGAACCACGUCAGCCUGGCGUCGCAGAGGAACCAGCUCUACCUGCUGGGGGGACUGUUUCAGGACGAGGACGACACGGCGUGUCCCUUGCAGUGUUACUUCUUCGUGUUGGACGCACUCACAUCCGACUGGGUCGCCCUGCCGCCGAUGCCUUCCCCCCGAUGCCUCUUCAGCAUCGGAGAGAGCGACAACCUGCUGUUCGCCGUGGCGGGAAAAGACCUCCAGAGCAACGAGUCUCUGGACACUGUGAUGUGCUACGACGUUGAGAAGAUGAGGUGGAGUGAGACCAAAAAGGUUCCUCUGAAGGUCCACGGCCACGCCGUCGUCUCCCACAAGGGAACGAUCUACUGCAUCGGAGGAAAGACGGACGACAACAAAGCCCUCAACAAGAUGUUUGCGUACAACCACAAGCAGUCGGAGUGGAGGGAGCUGGCGGCCAUGAAGACGCCCAGAGCCAUGUUCGGCUCCGUGGUGUACGGCGGCCGCAUCGUGGUGGCCGGCGGCGUCAACGAGGACGGCCUCACCGCUCUGAGUGAAGCCUACGACUUCACGGCAAACAAGUGGGAGCCCUUCGUGGACUUCCCCCAGGAGAGGAGCUCCGUCAGCCUGCUGAGCAGCGGCGGCUCGCUGUACGCCGUGGGCGGCUUCGCCAUGGCGGAGACGGAGAGCAAGGAGGUGGCGCCCACAGAGGUCACCGACAUCUGGAAGUACGAGGACGAUCAGAAGCAGUGGGGCGGGAUGUUGAGGGAGAUGCGCUACGCUGCCGGCUCCUCCUGCGUGUCCAUGCGCCUCAACGCCGCCCGGAUGCCCAAACUGUAGACACAACUAUGUUCUUUCUUCCUCUCUUAACCCCCCCCCCCCUCUCCCUCUCUUCCUCCUCCUCCUCCUCCUCCUCCAUCCAACACCACCUCCUGCCCCAGCGAGCUGCCUCCGAGGCGUCUCAUCCUCUGCACUCAGAUUUGUGUGUCGAGUUGACCUUUGACAUUCAUUUUUCUCUGAACUCCGAUGAUUUCUAUAAACACUCGCCGCCUGCUGCUGCUUCAAAGACUGCACCCUCCCCACGGUGUCAAAGAAAGAAAGAAACCAUUUACAUUGACCUAUAAAGCUGUUUACAGCAUAUCUAGCAUUUCCUUCUUUUGUAAAAUAAACAUUUGUAAACUUCU